CCAGCGGUUUCGUGACGAGGCUCCGAACGGUUUACUCCAACAAUUCAAGACAUAAAAUAACACUGCCGUAAUUUUUUUCGAGUGCCCUUGGGAGAAUCUUUUGGAAAAGGGGAAAAAAGCCAGAAGACCAGGAAAAGAUCGGGAACAGAUCGGGAACAGAUCGACGAUGGGCCAAGAGGAUCAGGAGUUGUUAAUCCGCGGGGGCAGCAAACAUCCAUCCGCUGAGCAUUUGAAUAAUGGUGAAGGCGGUGGGGCUUCGCAAAGCUGCAUUGGCCAGGGCUAUGGGCAGGCAAAGAACUAUGGCACUCUGCGCCCACCCAGUCCACCGGAUGGCCCUGGAUCCGGAUCUACCAAUGGCCAGCUGGCAGAGAAUCUCACCUAUGCCUGGCAUAACCUGGACAUUUUUGGGGCUGUCAACCAGCCGGGUUCCGGCUGGCGGCAGCUGGUCAACCGGACGCGAGGCCUCUUCUGCAACGAACGACACAUCCCGGCGCCCAGGAAGCAUCUGCUGAAGAACGUUUGCGGAGUGGCCUAUCCCGGUGAAUUGCUGGCCGUGAUGGGCAGUUCUGGAGCCGGAAAGACCACGCUUCUCAAUGCUUUGGCCUUUCGAUCGCCGCAGGGUAUUCAGGUCUCGCCCUCGGGAAUGCGACUCCUCAAUGGCCAGCCGGUGGAUGCUAAGGAAAUGCAGGCGAGGUGCGCCUAUGUCCAGCAGGACGAUUUAUUCAUUGGCUCGCUCACUGCCCGAGAGCACCUGAUCUUUCAGGCCAUGGUCCGGAUGCCCAGGCAUCUCAGCUAUAAGCAACGUGUGGCCCGCGUGGAUCAGGUGAUCCAGGAGCUAUCGCUGAGCAAGUGCCAGCACACGAUCAUUGGGGUGCCGGGGAGGGUCAAGGGCUUGUCCGGUGGCGAGAGAAAACGCCUGGCCUUCGCCUCGGAGGCCCUCACCGAUCCGCCGUUGCUAAUCUGCGAUGAGCCCACCUCCGGACUGGAUUCCUUCACUGCCCACAGCGUGGUCCAGGUGCUGAAGAAGCUGUCGCAGAAGGGUAAAACCGUCAUCCUGACCAUUCACCAGCCCUCCUCCGAGCUGUUUGAGCUCUUCGAUAAGAUUCUCCUGAUGGCCGAGGGCAGGGUGGCCUUCUUGGGAACGCCUAGCGAGGCCGUGGACUUUUUCUCCUACGUCGGAGCUCAGUGUCCCACGAACUACAAUCCGGCAGACUUUUACGUUCAGGUUUUGGCCGUGGUUCCCGGCCGGGAGAUCGAAUCCCGGGAGAGAAUUGCCAAAAUCUGCGAUAACUUUGCCAUCAGCAAGGUGGCCCGGGACAUGGAGCAGCUUCUGGCCACCAAGAGCCUUCAGCAGCCGCUGGAGCAGCCAGAGAACGGCUUCACCUACAAGGCCACCUGGUUUAUGCAGUUCCGUGCCGUCCUGUGGCGAUCCUGGCUGUCGGUGCUCAAGGAGCCGCUGCUCGUCAAAGUGCGGCUCAUCCAGACAACGAUGGUGGCCAUCUUGAUUGGCUUGAUCUUUUUGGGCCAACAACUGACGCAAGUGGGCGUGAUGAAUAUCAAUGGAGCCAUUUUCCUUUUCCUGACCAACAUGACCUUCCAGAAUGUUUUUGCCACGAUUAAUGUGUUCACCUCCGAACUGCCUGUGUUCAUGCGAGAGGCCCGAAGUCGCCUCUACCGCUGCGACACGUACUUCCUGGGCAAAACCAUCGCCGAACUGCCGCUUUUCCUCACCGUACCGCUGGUUUUUACGGCCAUCGCUUAUCCAAUGAUCGGCUUACGGGCCGGUGUGCUGCACUUCUUCAACUGCCUGGCCCUGGUGACCCUGGUGGCGAACGUGUCCACCUCCUUUGGCUACUUGAUAUCCUGCGCCAGCUCCUCGACCUCGAUGGCCUUGUCGGUGGGUCCGCCGGUGAUUAUACCCUUCCUGCUGUUCGGCGGCUUCUUCCUGAACUCGGGCUCGGUCCCGGUCUACCUCAAGUGGCUGUCGUAUCUGUCCUGGUUCCGGUAUGCCAACGAGGGCCUCCUGAUCAACCAGUGGGCGGACGUUGAGCCGGGGGAGAUCAGUUGCACCUCCUCGAACACCACGUGUCCCAGUUCCGGCAAGGUCAUCCUGGAGACCCUCAACUUCUCGGCCGCCGAUCUGCCGCUGGACUAUGUGGGUCUGGCCAUUCUCAUUGUGGGCUUCCGGGGAUUCGCCUAUCUGGCCCUGAGGCUCCGGGCCAGGCGCAAGGAGUAGGAGUAGGCGCCGCACCAGCAUCAUAGUUAAUGUGUUUUUUUUUAAUACCAUAAUUACUAUUGUGUUUAUUGUUUACCCCCACACAAAAUCAAAUAUAAUGCCAUUUUGUCAAUU